AUUUGCGCGCUGACGAGUAUUGUUGAUACCUGUGCACGAAAAGAAAAAGAAAUUUGCUUUUGGAAAGUUUGUUUGUAUUAUCGCAGCUGUAACACGUCCGCGAUCCUCCCGGAAUCGGAAAUAAGGCGAAAAUGAAAGUCCUGCCCCAGCAUCUGGCCGCACCAAUAUUCGCAAAAUGAAACGACAGCGGGUCAAAGCUGGACCGAGCAGCAGUCAUGUUUACGUGGAGGAACCGUACAUGAGUGAGGGAUAUGAAUUCCCACUGGCUCAACACAAAGCGGCACCCAUAGAGCGAUGGCUGGAGGCGCAAAUCCUUCCAGGUGAUACGCUGCAAGCGAUCGCGCUGAGAUUCAACUGUUCGAUACCUCAAUUGAAGAAGUUGAACAAAAUAGACAAGGACAACGAAAUCUAUGCACGAAACGUGAUUCGCGUUCCGGUGACCCCACACUCAAUCCUGCUGGAAACCCUACCGCGCGUGCACACGAGCGGGAACAGCAGCCCCAAAAACAUCACAACCACACCGCCGAGUGUAAGCCAUGUUGCGGUGGAAGCGAAAGCCACCCUGGACGAGAAGCUGAUUCUUGCCGCCGUAAGCAACGCCUCGAUUCAGCCGAGCAGCAGCGCUGCCACGCAGUUUCCUAGAAAGUCUUCCGGAAAACACAGGGACCGUGCCGACCGGUCGAGUGAAAUCGCGCUCGACGAUCUGCACGGCGACGAGGAUGUGGGAUUAAGCGAGCCGCUGCUGCUGAGCGGCGAGUAUGACGAUAGCUUUCCGCAGCCGCGGCCACUGCGGCUGCCGGCAAAUGACUUUUCAUGCAAUGGGAGCGAUUGUGAUAUAUCCUGGAUUUGUUUGCUCGUCUUUAUCCUGGCGCUUUGCUUCGCAAUUCCACUUAUUUAUGUAGUGUAUGUGGCGGAACACAUAGAAAAAUAUCAUCACGAUAGUUUUAAUGUUAACCACAGCGCGAAACUGUGACCACGGGGAAGGCAUUGUGUAACGAUUAUAUAUAUAUAUUUACAUACACUUGUUAUGUUAGUGUCCUUUUCCGUAAACUGUAUUCUGUAUUACGUUUUUCGUGGAGGUACGGCGACUAACUGAAGGAUUAUGAGCGGCGAGCGGUGUCAAACAUCUGUAAAAAGAGUGCCUUUUACAUCUGUUGAUUAGCUCUUUAAAUAAAAUGAUAUUUUCUCCGGCAAACCAAUCUGAUAGCCGUUCAAAUA